UCGGGGUCAAACUGGUACCCAGGCCCGCUAUAAAACCAAUGGGUUGACGGGUUCGCGGGUUAUUCGCUAAGCGUUGGCGGUCAUGGCCAAACUGUUCACUUUUUUGCUGGUUCUCGCGGUGGCUGGAUGGACCUGCGAGGCCAGAAUUUUAAAGAGGGACAUCCAAAGGGAUAUCCCGGAGGUGCCCCUAAAACCUGAACCGGUGGAACCGAAAAUUGAAGAUGUUUUACACGAAGAAUCUCUUAAACCCACUGAAGGGGAUAAUUCCAAUUUGAAAUCGAGUGAUGAUAAUGAGGAUGAUUUUGAACAGCCAGAAGGGAGGGUACUGUACAGCGGUAGUCAACUGUGGAAAACCGUUGUGGAUAGUGAGGAAAAAGUGAGGGUGCUGGCCAAACUAAGAGACGAAGAAGAUAUCAGCAUGUGGGGUGGAAACGUUUCGGCUAUUGACAUACUGGUAAAACCGAAUGCGGUGGAUAAAGUGAGAAAUAUCCUGAGCCAAGAGCGUAUUAACUAUGAUGUUGCUAUUGAUGACCUACAGAAGGCUAUUGACGAGGAAAACCCACCACCAGAGAAGGAGGAAGAAAAUAGAAAUGGACACCCAUUAACGUGGCAAUCAUACCACAGAGUAAACGAUCAUCAUAGCUACUUGGACUUCUUGGCAGACCAAUAUCCGGACUUAGUCAAGUUGCAAACAAUCGGCAGUUCCGUCAAUGGGAGACCCAUUAAAGUGAUCAAAAUCUCUAACGGACGUGCUGGCAAUAAAGCCAUAUGGGUGGACGGUGGUAUCCAUGCUCGAGAAUGGAUCACUCCAGCCACCGUUACAUACAUCAUCAAUCAAUUCGUCACCAACUGGGAAGCUGAACCUAAAUACGUACAAAACAUCGAUUGGUACUUUGCCCCCAUGCUAAAUCCCGAUGGGUACGAAUACACCCAUAUGACCGACCGGUUAUGGAGGAAGAACAGGAGAGGCUCAGGCAGAUGUGCCGGUAUCGACUUAAAUAGAAACUUUGGGUACCGUUGGGGUGGCUCGGGAUCAUCAAAGAACCCCUGCGCGGAAACGUAUGGAGGCUCAGGACCCUUUUCAGAGCCAGAAACUGCUGCGGUACAACGAUUUAUUAGUGGGGCGAACGCAAAAUGGAGAGCCUACGUGUCAUUCCACUCUUAUGGGCAAUAUAUUUUGUAUCCCUGGGGUUAUAACAGGGUAGUGCCUCCGGACUAUAGAGAUUUGGAAAUGGUGGGUCAGAAGGCCGCCCAGGCUAUUAGGAACGUUGGGGGCCCAUCGUAUACUGUUGGACCAGCUGGAAACACUUUGUACCCGGCCGCAGGAGGUUCGGAUGAUUGGGCAAAGGGCACCAUGAAAAUGAAAUACGCCUACACCAUAGAACUGCGAGAUAAUGGUAGAUACGGUUUCGUUUUACCAGCGAGUUACAUCCUACCCACAGCUAAAGAAGGGUUGGCCGCUGUACGGGUAAUCGCAGAAGCCGCUAGCAAAGCUUAGAAGUCGUAGGUAUCAACUUUAGGUAGCUGUGAUAUUAGCCCUUAUGCUGUUUUCAGAAUUACAUAAAAUAAUUAAGGCAUAAAGUGUGGAUUAAGAUGAAAUUUACUAAUAGUUGUUCGCAAUAGGCCUGAAUAAGUUAUUUAUUACAUGUAUUUAUUGUAUCUAAAAAAAAAUAGAUAAAUGUUACUUA